UUCAAAUGUCAGUAGUGUAAUAACGAUUAUAACGGAAAAGUUAUUUUUUUGAAUAGAAUUGAAGAACAACAAUUAUUGUUCAGCUGCUAGUCAGAGAAUAUUCUUGACUUUGGUUAUUUGAAAUUCGGUCGUGCUUCUCAGUUUGAUAAUAAUAACGAUAACGAUGGAGAACCCUAUGUGGGAACGCAUUUUGGUGGAUUGGGUAAACUGUCUGAAGCUGUCUAAACCUAUUCAUAAAGUGACUGAUCUGAAAGAUGGGAUAUUUUUUAGUAAUCUACAGAAAGUGAUAAAAAAAACUUCAGAAAUAGAAUUUGAUGUCUUGACAUGUCUAUUCCACAUCUUGAAUAGGCACUAUCCAUAUUUUGAAAUCAACGAUAAAUCAAAUAUUCAUUUGAGCGACCUUCCUUAUAAUGAUAUUGCCUCCAUAACGUCCCUUUUGAUGCACUACACCUGCAUACACGAUAGACGUGAUGUUUUAACUUCGCCAUUGUGCCACACUCUGCAACCAGUCACACAGUUGGGCAUAAAAACUUUUCUUGAAAAGGUACAGGAAUGCCCAAAACUGACCUCCGAAGAACUUGGCAAAAUUGUAUUAACAUGUCUAGAGGACAAGAACGAUAAAAAUACCAACCAGUCUCAGAAAUGGCUGUCAGUUGCUCAGUCAUCAAGUACUUCGAAACAGAGUCCUCUGUUAGAUAUUCUGAAAACUCCUGCGUCGAAACUGAGCAGGCUGCAGGAAAAAGACAGAGAAAUAACAAGGCUAAUAACAGAUUUGGAGUUGAUUCAGGAGGAGAAGGAGAAUCUGGAAGAAGAUGUUCGGUUGCAAAUUGAAAAAAAUAAAAAACUCGAGAAACAGUUGAAGCAGAAAAAUAUUGAAAUAUCUAGGCUGAAAAGUGAGGUUAUCACUCUUGAAAAUCGUACACCUCCAUAUUACCAAGACAAGGAUUUCAGGGAAACUCAAAAAAUUCUUCGAACAAAAAUUGAAGCAUUAGAACAGAUUAUUGAGCAGUGUGAUAAAGAAAAUGAAGAGCUUCAAAAUGAACGAGAUGCAGGAAGAAUUCAGGUUAAAUCGCUUGACUCUCAGUGCAAAACUUGGCUGGAAAAAUUCAUUGAAACAGACAACAAACUCCAGAGCCUCACCCAACAUUCAGAAGAGUAUGAAAUAAAGUACAAAAGUCUGCAAGCCCACUGUUCUGAAUUAGAAGCGUUACUUGAGGAACUAAGACCAACAAAUCAUAAUGAAAGCUUCAUUGAAGAAAGUUUCCAGAGUGUGAAUAUCAAUCGCAGGUCAAAAAAUUUUGAACCACUUUUAUCCUGCGAAGAUCUUGCCCAUUCAGUUGUAGAUGUACAGUUGAAAGAUAUGCAGAAAGAAAAUGAAAAUCUCAGGUUAUCAUUGGAAGAAGUGAAUAAGGGCUCCAGGAAGUUGGAAGGGAUUAUUGAGAAGCUUACUGUUGAAAAAAACGAUAUAUUAGACGUAAAAAAUAAAUUCGAAGACGAACUGAAAAUGACAACUGAAAAACUCAAUCAACUUACUUUAUUAUAUGAAAAAGUAAUGAAUAACUAUUAUAAUGAAACGAAGAAAUAUGAGUGUCUGGUUGUAGAAAAGGCACAAAUUUCUGCACAAUAUAAUAAUUGUACUGCUCAACUGAGUGGUUUGAAGGAUGAUAAUGAAAAUCUCAAAAUAUCAGUAGAUGAGAUGGAAUACAGCUCCAGGCAGUUGAAAGAAAUGAUCGAGAAACUCACUGUUGAAAGAAAUAAUACAUGUGAGGAAUUUAAAUUGGCGUCUGAAAAAGUGCAACAACUUUCCAUACAAAAUGAGGAUUUGCUAAUAAAGUAUCAAGAUGGAGUUGAAGAAUAUGAAAGAUGUGUUGCCCAACUAAAUAGUAUGCAAAUAGAUAAUAAGAAUAUUGAGGCAUCUUUGAAGAAUAUUGAAAAUAUCCAGAUACAGUCGGAAGAAGCAAUCAAGAACCUUACUGCUGAAAAAAACAACAUACUAAAAGACAAAAAUAAAGUUGAAGAGGAACUGAAAGCAUCAACUGAAAGAGUCGAACAAAUGUCGGUAGAUCAUGGUAGAUUACAGAGCGAAUAUGAAGAUGAAAUGAAGAAAGUUGUUCAUCUGGAAAAAGAAAAGUUGAAAAUUUCUGAGGAAUAUGAUAACUGUUUUGUCCAACUAAAAGAUAUGCAGAAAAAUAAUGAAAAGCUAAGAACAUCUUUGGAAGAUAUGGAUAAGAACUCAAAGCAGUUAAAAGAAAUCAAUGAGAAUCUUAUUGAUGAAAGAAACAAUUUACUAGCAGACAAACAUAUACUUGACGAGGAAUUGAUCAUGACAUCUGGAAAACUCCAACAGCUUUAUACUAAUAAUGAUGAAUUAACGACAAAAUAUGAAGAUUCAAUGAAGAAAUGUGAGUCUAUGGUUGAAGAAAAACUACGAGUUUCCGAAAAAUAUGAAACUUGUGUUACCCAAUUGACAGAUGUACAGAAAGUCAAUGAAAAUCUCAGAGCAUCUCUGGAAGAAUUGAAUAACAGCUCCAGGCAGUUAACAAAAAUUAUCAAGGAACUCACUGCCGAGAAAACAAUUAUGUUAGAAGACAAAAACAAAGUUGAUGAUGAACUGAGAAUUAUAACAGACAAACUUGACCGACUCUCUGUAGAUAACGAUAAAUUGCUGAUUGAAUAUCAAGAUGCGGUGAAGAAAUAUGAGUUUCUUCUUCAAGAAAAUGCCCAAGUCUCUGAUGAAUAUAGUAGAUCUGUUGCCUGUCUGAAAGAUAUGCAGAAGGACAAUGAAAACCUCAAGAAUUCUUUGCAAGAGAUUGAUUAUAACUUUCGACAGUUGAAAGAAAGUAACGAAAAACUUAUCAAAGAAAGAAAUAGUAUACUAGAAGACAAACAUAUACUUGACGAAAAACUGAAAAUAACUAGUGCUAAGUUUCAAGAACUCUCUAUAAAUAGUGAGAAAUUACAGAGCAAAUGCCAAGAUGGAGUGAGUAAAUAUGAUUCUUUGUUUAGAGAAAAAACAAAGCUUUCUGACGAUUAUGAUAGAUGUCUUGCCAAUCUGAAAGAUACACAGGGAGAAAAUAAGAACCUCAAGGCAUAUUUGAAUGACAUGGAUAAUAGCUCCAGAAUGUUGAAAGAAAGUAACGAAAAACUUUCUGUUGAAUUAAAUAGAAUGCUAGCAGUCAAAAAUGAACUUGAACGGGAACUUGAAAUGGCAAAUGAAAAACUUCAACAACUGUCCAUAGAUAAUGAGAAAUUAGUAAUUCAUUGUCAGGAUGAAGCUAUGAAAAACGAGGCCCUGGUUCGUGAAAAAUCACAAAUUUCUGAUAAAUAUGAUAUUUCUGUUGACAGUCUGAAAGAUAUGCAGGCAGAGAAUGGAAACCUCAAGGCAUGUUUGAAUGAUAUGGGUGAUCGUUACAGACUACUUGAUGGUGAAUUCAAAAUGACAAGUGAAAAGCUUCAACAACUCUCUAUAGAUAAUGGGAAGUUAAAGACUGAAUAUCAAAAUCAAGUCACGAAAUAUGAAUAUAUGGUAAAAGAAAAGACAUUACUUUCCGAACAAUAUGAUCAUUGUGUUGUUCAACUGGAGGAUAUGAAGAAGAAUAGUGAAGAGUUGAAAAUAUCUUUAGAAGAUAUGGAGAACAGGUCCAAACAGCUAAUGGAAAUUAUUGAAAAAGACACUGUUGCAAAAAACAGUAUCUCAGAAGAAAACCAUAAACUUCAUGAAGAACUAAAAAUCACAACUGAAGAACUACAACAACUCAAAAUAGUUUAUGAUACUUUGCUGGAUAAAUAUAAAACACUCUCUAUAGAUAAUAAGAAAUUACUGACUAAUUAUCAAAAUCAAGUCAUGAAAUAUGAUUCUAUGGUUGAAGAAAGGGCACUACUUUCUCAACGAUUCGAUGAUUGUGUUAUCCAACUGGAAGAUAUGCAUAAAAAUAAUGAAGAGUUGAAGUCAUCUUUGGAUGACAAGGAUAUCUACUCCAGACAGUUGAAGGAAAUUAUCGAUAAAGAGACUGUUGUGAGAAACAAUAUAUCUGAAGAAAAUCAUAAACUUCAUGAAGAAAUUAAAAUCACAAUUGACAAACUUAGACAACUCAAAGUUGAAUAUGAUGCUUUACUAGAUAAAUAUAACGAACUUUCCGAACUCCAUGAUGUAGAACUUAACAGGAAUCAAAUACUUACUCAAGAAAAAGCAGAUAUAUAUAAGUUAUUAGAAUAUGAGAAAUCAUCAAAACUUGAAGUUUCUGAAGAACUUACUAAAGUUGAAGAGGAUGUAGCAAUAGCUACGUCUAAGAUAGCAUCAUUAACUCAGAAUGUGGACAUUGUUACCCUAGAAAAGAAAAAGACCAUCGAUGAGUUGCAGAAUUUGAGAGAAUUAUUAACUAAUAUAUCCUCGGAGAAAUCAGACUUGGCGGAUCAGCUUUCUAGUGUAACUCAUGAAAAUGAGGAAUUAUCUAGAAAAAUUGAUAAUAUUGAAGAAGAAAAUAUAGAACUAUCGGCAAAAUUAGAUAAUUGUAGGCAGGAAAAUGCCAACAUAUUAGAUUCUUUGAAUAAAGUCAGUUCUGAGAAAUACGAGUUUAUGAAAAAAUUGAAGAUAGUUGAACUAGAACUAGAAACAGUAAUUGGGGAAAAAACUCAAAUUGAUGAAAAGAAAAAGACAAUAGAGCAAGACUACGACAGUAUGAAAUUGGCACUAGAAAGAGUAGAGUCAGAGAAAUAUCAUUAUUUUGAAGAAAAUCAAAAGUUUCACGAACAAUUGAAUUUAAACUCAUAUCAAAUGAAAGAAUUACAAGAUAGGUUCAACAACAUCCUUGCAGAUAAUGAGAAAGUAACUGACAAGUUGAAUUACUAUAUCAAAGAGAAAAAUGAACUUUCUGAUAGCUUAUCUGAAUGUCUUUUGGUUAAAGAAAAUUUAACAGAAAAAUUGAAUACCGUUAUUCAAGAAAAACUAGAAUUAUCUAAGGUCUUGAAUGAUAUUAAACUCGAGAAAUUGAGUUUCUCACAAAAAUUAGAUGCAGUAAUACUAGAAUUGGAAAAAUCCAAUCUAUUAAUAUGUAGUCUAACUAAGGAACGAGAAAAUCUAGCUCAAGAGAAAACGGAUAUUGAAGACAGACUUGACAAAACUGUUUCAGAAAAAGAAAAUCUUGUAUUGGAAAAUAGUAAAUUAUUUAAUGAGUUCAAUGAAAUAUCUAAUAAUAUGAAAUGUUUGGAAUCUGAAAAAAAUGAUCUGUAUGAAAAAUUAGAACAGGUUGUUAGAGAGAAGGAUGGUAUUCUUGAUCAUUUGGAUAAUAAAAUCAGAGAGUUGGAACUUAGCAAACAGGAGCUAUCAGAUCGACUAAGUGAAACUUCUGUGGAAAACGAAGAUAUAAAAAUAAAAUUGAGAUCUUUUGAAUCCAAGGUGGUCAUGUUAGAAUUGGAAAAUAACGAGCUUCAUGAAGAAAAGUCUAAGAUUUCUAAGGAGUUGGGCAACCUCAGUACUAAAUUCGAAGAUCUGAUAAAGGAUAAAAGGCUUAUUGAUAAGGAACUAUCAAAACUUUUCUCUCAACUAGAAAAUAUCAUGAUUGAAAAAAAUAAAUCAUCAGCAGAUUUAGUGAACACUAAAAACGAGAGCUUGUCAAUUAUUGAACAGUUAGCAGAUUUAUCAUGCAAGUAUCAAAAUAUUCAAUUUGAGAAUGAAAAAUUGGAAGAGGAGUUGAAAGUUUCGGCAGUUGAGGUUGAAGAAAAGACACAUGAAUUGGAAAUUGCCAAUGAAAAAGUUGAAACACUUGAAGUUCAGAAUAUCCAAAUCAUGGAACAGCUAAAUUGCGUUUUCAAUAUCAUGGAAAGUGCAAGUGAAAAAUUGAACAAUUUGUUUGAAAAAAUAUGCGAGGACGAAAGCUCAUCUGAAAUUUGUGACAGAACUGGAGAAGAAUCUGAAAAAUAUGAUCGCUCUGUUAGAUUCAGUAAAAUUUCAGAAAAUUUGAAGAGCCUAUUUAAGAAUAUUGAAAAUCUACUUAGUAAACUUUUAAAAGACAAUGAACUCGUUUCAAAGAAUUUGCAAAUGUAUUGUGAAUCCAACAAACAUCUAACAGCUGAACUUGAUGAGAAAAAUGAGAGCAUAAAGAAUAUCAAUUGUGAGAUUAAAAACGUCCUUGAAAACUAUGAAAAGGUCAAAAAGGAAAAUUAUGAUUUGUCACAGGAUGUAGUUGACCUUAAACUGAAUAUACAGAAGCUAACAAUUGAAAAUAAUGGAAUAUCGGAAAGUCUCAAGAAAGUAACUGAAGAAAAGAAUGUUAUUUCAAAUUUCUUAGAUUUGAAUAACAAUGAACUUCAAAAGAUUAUACAAGAGAGGGAGGAUAUACUAGGAGCACUUGAAAUGAGCAAUAAAGAAGUUGAAAAUAUCUCACAGCAGAGGAUUGAUCUUGAGUCAAAAAAUUCAGAACUUGUUCUGAUAGUACAUGCCAAAAGCUCUGAGAUGGAAACAAUAUCAGAAGAGAAUAGUAAAUUACUGCAACAUGUUGCUGCUUUAAGAAAAAACAUUGAGGAUAUUACAAAUGAACUGGAUGCGGUUGUUAAAGAGAAUACUAAACUCCUAGAGCAGUUAGAAAAAGUUUCUCAAGUUAAGGCGGAUUUUUCAGAAGAAUUAGACAAGGUUUCCCAGGAAAAAGCUGAUUUGUCUGAUAAGCUGCAGAGUUUGAAGAAGAAACAGUUUGAAAAUUCAGAAUAUACAAAAGAUUUAUUAGCUAAAAAUGAACUUUUGACUGAAGAGAAUACUCAGCUACUCGGCCAAAUAACGAUUGUCUCAAACGACUUGGAAGAAAAAACUAAAAAUUACCAUCUGCUCGAACUAUCUUGUAAACAACUCAAGAAGCUAUCUGACGAAAAAUCUGAUAUUUUGGAAAAAGUAUCGGAGGAGAAUAAAGGUAUCUUUGAUAUUGUUGACAGACUCUCUCAGGAGAAAUUGGAAAUGUCAGACACUCUAAACCAACUAUCUGAAGAAAAAAUGAACAUGACGAAAACCCUAAAUAAAUUGACUGAAGAACUUGAAACUUUAUCUGAAGAAAAACUGAAACUAUCGGAAUCUUUAGAAAUGAGCCACAAAGAAUUGCAGAAAGUGAAGAGAGAAAGAAAUGAAAUAUUGGAAAGUCAAACGACAAUCAUGAAAGAAACGGAAAAUAAUAUUCUCCUAGCCCAUCAAAGUGCAGUUGAGGUAAAACAAGAACUACUCAAGAGAAUAGAAAUGGCUGAAAAAGAUAAGGAGAAACAGAGGAACCAUUUUGACGCAGAAUUGAAGAAAGUUCGUGAAGCAUAUGCCAAUGUAGUGUCCACAAAUUCCAAGUUAGAGAUGGAGACUGUUAAUCUCAGAAAAAAAAUUGAAGAGCGGAAUUCCCAGCUGAAUGAAUUUUCUCAAGUGAAGGAGGCAUAUGAGAAACUUCUUGAAGAAAAUAGCAAACUGAUGACAGAGGUAGAUACAGUCAAAUAUAAGAGGGCCAGGGACCGAGAAGAAUUCGUUAAUUUACUUAGAAAAGAACGAGAAGAUGCAGAUGCUAGAGAGAGUAAGAGAAUUCGAGAGGUGCGAAACGAGUAUGAAGACAAAGUUCAGAAGAUGAAAAAUAAAAUGCUAAAUUUGUAUAGAGAAGAAGUCAAUAAGGAAAUACAAAAGGUCAAGGUUGGACAAUCUGAAACGGAUGGCCUCCACGAAAUUGUUAAAGAUCUCAGAAGCGAACUUUUUGAGGCAGAACAGAAGAUCCACAUGCUGGAAACUGAACGAGACAUGAUGAGGAUAAGGGAGUCCACAUCACAAAGAAACGUUCAUUCAUCCAGGGAAUCCCUGCAAUCCCUGAGGGGAAAGGAAAAGCCACGAGACUCAGUGCGGAGCAGUAUAACCUCUCUGCGGUCUACAGACAUCAGAAGCAGACCUAAUUCUGAACAGAUUAUACGGAAAGUAAAGAGCGUUUCGACAAUGCAGCCAACUCAUAGAGAGAAAGGAAAUGUUAUCAACGACAGAAAAACCACGAUGUUACCUCCACCAAAUGUUACAGAGAUUGAAGAAACAAUUACUUUCUCUAGAAGAACAUCUAUCAAUGGCAUUCCGACUAACAUCACUCCCAGUAUGGAAAUGGAAGAUGAAGACGACCACUUCAAUAACAAAUAUCUGGCUGAUUUGAAAGCUGGUAGAUGCAUUAUGGGUACGACAGGUAAUGAUGGAGCCGGUAGAUUGUCCGAGCUGGCUUGGAGAAAUUCCUUGGUUCCUCCGCAUUUGAAGUCAUCAUAUCCUGCAGAAACUCAAUUUGUUAGUCCUACGCACUUCAAGGAGGAUGAUUUAAAGUCUGGAAAUGUUGAAUUGGAUGACAGCCUCUGCAAAUUAUUGCCAGGAGAAAAGCCCCGCCAGAAGAAGGACUUUGGAACCACCACCUACAAAAAACCUGGACCGCCCACUCCCAGCAAAAACGGAGGGCGACUGUCCUUGCAGGGUAACGAGAUCCUACCUUUGCGAGAACACAAUGACAGAUCCCCGAAAAAAAGCAUCACCCCCAGUCGACUCAAGGCGCUAUUCAUGGGCCGCACUAAUUCCAGGGAAAACUCUGAGGUACACUGUGAUUGCCUUGCACAUGUUAUUGAAUGCUGUAGGCUUGUGGCUGGAAAUCAGCACCCUCUUUGCUGUAGUGCUUGUUACAAAGAUGCCUUUCGAAAGGCAAUUAUCAAUUUAGAAACCUUUCCUGAGCAUUAUGUUAACAGUAUGCACCAAGCUAGCAACGGUUGCUGUUUCAAGAAUCAUUUUCUAGGUACAAUAUGGGAGUGUGCUAAAAAUCUUUCAUUCAUGAUGCUGUUCUCUAUUAUGGCUGUUAGAUUGUGUUUGCGCGUUAUUAAGUUGAAUUGACUUCAAACACUGUCAUUUCUUCCUUUUGAAUCAGUGUACCACUCCAAAGACUAAUAAUAAGCGAAUGAGUUUAUUCAGGAAGCAGAGAUAGCUGCAACAACCUUUUCUUUGGAGCCAUAUUAUGUAUCUUAUGCCUAAUUAUAAGCAUAUUAGUAUAAUCAGGAAGCAAGAUGAAGAAAACUACUUCUAUUGUCCUCUAGAAUGUGUAUAUAUAGAUGCCUUAUUCUUACCUUAACAUUUUAAUUCAAUUAUUUGUUUUUUUUAUUGUGUUUUGUGAUAUAAUUAAUAUUACUUUUGUAUUUUGUACCCUUUAAUAUUUUUUAAAUAAAAAUAUUACACAUAGGUAAUGCACAAUAGCUUCAA